UGAGUUUUACCGUAUGUACUUAACUUUGAUACUUCCUCUCCGAUUACAAAUUCACAAGUAUAUCAGUCCAGCACCGCACACAAUUGUCUUUUGACUCCUUUCCGCUCGUUAAUUACGAUCCUGUAACAUGGCUGACGGAGUAGGCAUCGAUUUGGGCACAACACAUUGUUGCCUGUUCGUGUACAAGCACGGCCGCAGUCCGCAAGUGAUUAAGAACAACAACGGCGACACCACCACGCCGUCCUGGGUGCGUUUGGAGCGGGACGGGAUGGAUGUGGGCAAACACGCCAAGCGACUCAGUCCCGAGAAUAGCCGGAAUACCAUUCGUAAUGCUAAGCGUCUAAUUGGACGCCGUUUCGACGAUUCCGCCGUGACAAUGGAACGCAGUCUAAUGCCGUUUGCCAUUGUUAACGACAACGGGUCACCAGCGAUAAAGGUUGAACAGUGCACAGAUGCGGGCGAUAUCAUUUGGGAAAAGAUCGUUCGGCCGGAGCAGAUCAGCGCCACGAUGAUGUCGUAUUUGAAAGAGAUGGCCGAGGGGUUUCUGGGCAGGAAAGUGACAUCUGCCGUGGUGACCAUUCCGGCCAAUUUCAUGGAGACUCAGCGCGCUGCCACUCUCAACGCCGCCCGCCUGGCAGGGUUCACGGAGGUCAACUUGUUGAACGAGCCGACGGCCGCCGCCAUCGCUUACGGCGGCGUCAUCGACGAGCAGUGCACCAUUCUGGUGUUUGAUUUCGGCGGCGGCACGCUGGACAUCAGCAUUAUGAAGGUGGAUGGCCGCAAUGAAUAUCGCGUCCUCAGCACCGACGGCGACAUGUAUUUGGGCGGGGAGAACUUCGACAGCGAGAUUGUUCAGCAUUUCUUAGACGACAUUCGCCGCCGCCACCAGGUCGAUCUGGCACAAGAUAGCAAAACCUUAGCCAAACUGAAACUGGUCGCCGAAAAGGCUAAGAUCACGCUGUCCAGUCCGUAUAGCGGCACAUUCCGCGAUACCUUGCACAAACUGUAUGGAAACAUCGAUUACAACGUGGAGCUGACAAAAGCUACUUUCAGCGGAAUGUUCCGGGAUCUUCUCCAGAAGAUUCUCGUCCCGGUGAAGAACGCUCUGGAUGCUGCGAGCCUGUCACCGGGCGAUAUCGAUAAGGUCAUCUUGGUGGGUGGCAGCAGUCGGCUGCCGGUGGUUAAAGAGACACUGCAGGCGUUCUUCGGUCGGAGCGGAGUGGUUUGCGCGGAUGCUGAUCCGGAUGAGGCGAUAGCGCGGGGGGCUGCCAUGCAGUCGUACCGUAUUAACAACCAGCAGGCCACCAACGUCCACGAGGUCACCGCCUACCACUAUGGACUGGAAGUUGCGGACCGUGUGCGACCUGGCAGUAUGCGCAUCCGUGACUUGAUCCCCCGAGGAAAAGCAUAUCCUUCCAGUAUGACGGAAGUCUUUGGGACAUUCUAUGAUAAUCAAGCGGCUGCUAAGUUCAGCAUUUAUCAGAGUAAACGCGGGUUUAAUCUGGACAAAUUCCGUAUUGGUGAAUUUGUCAUUCCUGGUUUACCUUUGCGGAAGGCGGGAGAGUGCAAGUUUGACGUGACAUACAGCAUCGAUGGGAACAAUAUUCUGCACGCGGCGGCACAGGGUAAAGGCGACAUUGCCCACUACAAGAAAAAUAUCGACAUCCGCCUGGAUAAUGUCGUUUGA